AUGUUCUGUUUCGCACACGUCCAUACAGAAACAAGCCAGCCUUUGACAGCUUUACUUUCUCUCUCUACAACUUGUCUGGCUCUCUCUCUUCUCUUCUCUUUUCUGUGUCUAAAACCCGCCUCAUUCUUGGGUCUGUUGUCGGAAGAAGCCAUGGGUAUCCAUAUCCGUGGCGACCAAAAGCUUUUCCUUUUGUCAUUCUUCGUAUUCGCCGGAAUAUGCUUCUCAUUGCCGGAAAAUGCCAACCCCAGGUCGUUCUCUUCCUCGAACACGUCCUCAUCGGGUCAGAUCAACUCUAACUCGAUCCUGGUUGCUCUCCUUGACUCGCAUUACACUGAGCUCGCCGAGCUCGUCGAGAAGGCUCUGCUUCUUCAGACACUCGAGGAAGUCGUCGGCACCGCCAACGUCACCAUUUUCGCUCCGCGGAACGAAGCACUCGAGCGUGGCCUCGACCCCGAGUUCAAGCGCUUCUUACUCGAGCCGGGUAAUCUCAAAUCGCUCCAGAAGCUUAUCUUGUCUCACAUCGUCCCGACCCGGAUCGGAUCCGACGAUUUGCCCAAGAACGCUGACUCUGUCCACCACAGAACUCUCUCCCACGAACAUAUCCACCUCGAACGACAAGAUUCCGGCGAGUGGACUGUGGAUCUCGCUCGGCUCACACACCCCGAUUCCGUGACCCGACCCGAUGGUGUGAUCCAUGGGAUCGAGAGGGUUCUGAUUCCCCGCACUGUCGAAGAUGACUUCAACCGCCGGCGUAGUCUACGGACGAUCACAGCCGUUAAGCCAGAAGGGGCUCCUGAGGUUGACCCGAGGACUAACCGGUUGAAGAAACCAGCUCCGCCUGCCAAACCCGGUUCACAGCCGGCUCUCCCGAUCUACGACGCAAUGGCUCCCGGUCCUUCUCUGGCUCCGGCCCCAGCUCCCGGACCUGGUGGUCCCCACCACCAUUUCGAUGGCGAGAGCCAAGUUAAGGACUUCAUCCAGACCCUCCUCCAUUACGGCGGGUACAAUGAAAUGGCCGACAUUUUGGUAAACUUGACUUCGUUAGCCACAGAAAUGGGUCGUUUGGUCUCAGAGGGUUACGUACUGACUGUGCUGGCACCGAACGAUGAGGCCAUGGCGAAGCUUACUACGGACCAGCUCAGUGAGCCAGGGGCUCCGGAGCAGAUAAUGUACUACCACCUCAUACCAGAGUACCAGACAGAAGAGAGCAUGUACAACUCGGUGCGACGGUUUGGGAAGGUCCGAUACGACACACUUCGGCUGCCUCACAAGGUCUUGGCCCAAGAGGCGGAUGGGUCUGUACGGUUCGGGCACGGGGAAGGUUCGGCUUAUUUGUUCGAUCCGGAUAUCUACACCGACGGUCGGAUUUCGGUUCAGGGGAUCGAUGGGGUUCUGUUCCCGCCUGAGGAGGUGGAGCCCAAACCCGUUUCCCAAACGGUUCAACCCGCCAAAGUUGUAGCCAAGCCCAAGAGAGGAAAAUUGCUAGAUGUAACAUGCCAGAUGCUCAGAGCCUUUGAACAGGAUUGGCGAUACUCCUCGUGCCAUUGAUAAUUGCUCUAAAAUCCUCUGGUUGAUUGAUUCAAGAAAACGGGCUAAGAGUUCUGGAAAUUGCAAAGGAUGUAAAAAGACAUGGAAAAGAAAGGAAGCAUACUUGAAUGCACAGUAGCUUUUUCCUUCUCUUUUUGUUUUCAUUUUUCUUCUGUUUUUGGGUUUUUUUUUGGGUCUUUGUAUUUUUUAUUCUUAUAAUUUUAUUUUUCUUUGAGUUUGGGUCCUGGAAUAGAGAAGUAAAGCAACUCUAGCUCCAAAUAUAAUAUUAUAAUUUAAGUACAUAAGUGUAUGGUUAGCAGUAUUAUUGUUACUCUUGAAUUUUUAGGUGGCUUGUGGUGGUGGGAUUUUAAGGUGUGUGUAAUCGAAAAGGUUGGGGCAGAGUGUCUUGCACGUUUUCGUCUGUGCCCACUUUCAAUAAAAGUUUCAAACAGAAAAAACUCUGUGAAAGUGCAAUAAAACGAUUCUUUUCUGUAA